AUGCGCAUGCCGAUGAAGACGAGUGGGAACGCGAGAAGUACUUUGGAGAGAAGGGCGUUAUUGAAAACAACCAAGUCCACAUUCUUGGCUUUGUCCCAUAUUACUGGCGAUGAAGCGAAGCAAUUGGGUGGUCCGAACCUGCUCACGGCUGCAAUGGAUACAAGUCACUUCGCCGACGAGAGCUCUGAAAGUACGCUAUACGAUCGGCCUGGCGAUAUGUUCAGCUACAACAUGCAAAUGGGCCACCAGACACUCCAGGUAUCCUUAGACGGCACAAACUCUUCCUUGACGCCAACAGAUAUAUUCGCUCCCAUCCUCGCAAACCUGCGUUACAUUGCUCAAUUGUAUCCUGGUCCCCGGAUCAAUAUUACCGGCGCUGUUGUGGCACUCCCUCUGCCCUAUGGCUAUAGCGGCAUGAACACGAUAGCCAGCAUCCAUGCUACUCACAAUGCCCUGACCAAGGCUAGAUUAUCGGCGAGCCAGAUCACAGAUCACAGACCUGAUCUUUACACCGGCCUCUGGGUCCUUCCCAGCCUUCAGCGCCGUGUAGCCGGGUGGUUCAACAAGACCGCCAGGAUCGCCAAUUCGAAUAACGUCGACGAGGCAGCCCUUUGGGGUGCCGCCUUGAUGUCGAUUUAUAUUGCAGAAGAUGACUGUGUCGUUGAGAUCAUUCCCGGCGCCCAGUCUCUUACAUCAUUCGGUAAACAAACAUUUAUGGCAUCAUGCAUAAAUGGGGAUCUGAAGCACGAUACCACUACCAUGAAGGUUCACCUGCGCAAUAUUUCGGCUAUCGACUACCACGCCAAGUUCGAGCUUGGAGACCAGUAUGUCUUCGACCCGACGCCGGACGAUAUUUACCUUGCUGAAUUCAAUCUCAAUACUGCCUGCGGGUCCAGGAAGUCUUCAACGCCUCAGCAAUCGAAGUUUCGGCCUUCUUUCACGUCGUCUCUACUAGAAAGUCUAGAGAUGGAAUACGAAAUUGAUCUGCGAAGGCUUGUUGGCCCGUCGAACGACCAGAAGCCAGUGGAGGCGUUUGACCGCGCUUUGUUUUCGGCUUCGGAUCAACUCCAGUGGAAGACGAAUUGGCUCUCAGUCAGCAGCUGGCAGACCGCGGGCCAGCUGAAAUGCUCUACCAUCCCCGCUUUGCGUCGCUUCGCGUUGUUUGCUUUGCUUGCUUUUGACCGUCCUUCAACCCGUACUUAA